AUAAUACAAAAGGACUUCACGUUAAGUUGACCUUGACUUCUCAUAGUUGCUUUACUCCCAUGAAUACACACACAUACUUCUCUAAACUCAUCACAAUCCACAUCACCGGAAAACCUUCCUCUCCAGCUAAAAAUGAGUUACAGCGGCUACUCUCCAGCUCCCUCGGCUACAUUCGAACGCUCGCCCAGCAUCGAUCCCACGAAGCACGUCAGCUACGUAUCCGAGCCAACAGCUCCGACCGCCUCAUCUAUUCAUAAUGGACACUCCGAUCCUCAGUUAACCGCAACUAGUCAGAGCUUGGUGCCUCCGGUACAAGCAGAUGUCCGUCCAAUAAUGAAGUCAGCUAAUCAAAUUAGCGACAGUGGGUUGAAUUCAACCAGUUUUGGUCAAGCACCGGGGCGUUCAGGUGAAGUGCACAAUAUCAUGUCUGCAAAUGAAGUCACCGGAAAAGUUGCUGGUGAAGCAAAAGCGCCCACAUUCACCCCUAUCGUUGAACGAGAUCAGAGUAACAAGGGAGAAUCGGAUGAAGCUGAGGCGGAUAAUGAUAAUGAACAACAGGAGUUUGUCGGAGUGAGUAUGGUUGGAAAGAAGUUCAAGCCGGUUAACCCGGAGGCAUACUAUGUGGAGGAUGAUGAUGAUGAUGAUGAAUAUUAGCUAGAUGAUCCAUCCUACUGAUUUUAAUUUGUGUUAAUUAAUGUUUGCUUUAAAUCUGAGAUCAAAAGAAAAUUCGUAUUUGUAUUUCUCUUCAGUGAAUGGGUUAAUGUAAGUUCUAGAUUUGUUUAAUUGUUAGACACUAAUGAUUGUUGUUUUG